AUGAAGCCACAGCAGCCCGCUGUUCCCGUUCCAACCGAAGUCACUUUGAUGAUUAUCGACGCGCUCCCCGGAAUCCACGAAUACCUCGACGUCCGCGACACCUCUUGGAGUAACAGAGAGAUCUGUGACAUGGCUACAAUGGCCACCCUGCGUAGGUUGCUGCAGAUGUCCACCGAGAGCUUUCGGUCGCAGCCAGGGGAGGCGGAUCUAGAGCCAUGGCUGAUCAAGUUGCGGCGGCGCCUGGAAGAAUGCAAGUUUCCGUCUGGCCCCGCCAUGCAGCGGGCGUUCUUCGCAGAUGUUGCUAUGCAGGGAGACCGGUUGUGGUGGCGGAGGAUGGGGGUCGAUCGUUAG